AUGAACGACCUCGAAGAAGCGAUCCGGGUGUCUCGCCAGGCGGUCGCGGCCACUCCGGAUGACCAUCCUGAUCUCCCAAUAUUGUUGUAUAACCUUGGGAACAAGCUUCAAAGUCAAUAUGAAAAAACAGGACGGAUGGAUGAGCUUGACGAGGCGAUCCGCCUAUCUCGUCAGGCAGUUGAAGCAACUCCUAUCGAGAAUCCCAGCCUUACGGGAUGGCUAAGCACUCUCGGAAACAUGCUUGAAACUCGAUACGGGCGGACAGGACAUUUGGAUAACCUCGAAGAGGCCAUUCGAGUGUCUCGUCAGGCGAUUGAAGCAACUCCUGUUGGCCAUCCCGAUCUUCCAAUAUUUCUAAGCAACUUUGAGAACAAGCUACAAAUACGAUACGAACAAACAGGACGGAUGGGUGGCCUAGGUGAGGUGACUAGCCUAUCGCGUCAGACGAGUCAGGCCGCUCCUGAUGAUCUGAGGCCUCCGCCAUCUGACUCGGCCCAUAUGCACAACCGAUACGUAUUUUCUCCAUACGGAGGUUCCUACUACCCUCCAUCAAAGUAUGCUGAUCUAUCGGAAACUCCACGAGAGCGAACUAUGUCCCGCCACCGGGUGUCCCGCCCGCGUCCAUCCUCCUCGUUCCAUAGUAACCCGCCUACAGUUGACUCGGGCACCUACUCACCCUUGUACGGCGACAAUGAGCCUGUGGAGCGUCCUGUGGAGCGUGGUACCUCACGAGACGGAUAUGGCCGCGCCGUAGCAGCGUACAUACAAGACCCAGACGAAGACUUCUACCGCAUGCCACCAACAAUACCCCUUCCAAUGCCCAAGGUGAAGGGUAAGGCCGCCCCGCAGAUUCAUGAGGCGAGACACUUUAAGCCACACGAGGCCCAAACGAGCCCUGCUAUGCCCUCGCAGCGUCGCCCAUCCAGAAGUAUGGACCGGGACAUAGAGCGAUAUCGAUAUCUGGACAGAUUUAACAUAGGGGAUCUUAAAGCAGAGCUGCCUGUGGUGUCGGAUCGAUCUUAUAGUCAAAUGUCAAGGGAGACUGCCCUGUUAGAGAGAGCCAACAGCCUACGGGAUAGCCACAGAAGAUCUACGUCCUACCAGGAUAAUCGACGUGGUGCCCAGGUAGCUGUGGCAAGCUCUAAGCGGCGGCAGCCAACCACGUACAACUACAAGGAUGAGCCAUCAAGCAAUAUGGGCGACAAUCUAGAAGAUCGUGACCAUGAAAUAAAGAACUACCAGGCAGCACGGUCUGGCCGAAACCCGACUGACGGUGAGCCUUCCUCCGCAGAGGCCAUGCUCCCCAAGGCAACCACCAAUCGCCAGGGUCAGAGGAGCCGGUCUAAUAGCAGCGGUGGCAGCGGUGGCAGCGGCACAGACGAAGAAACGGAAGAAGACAAGGAAACGACUCUCUUAGCAAAUGGAGUGAAGAUGGGAUUUGACCGCAAAACGAUUGAAGAACAAACCAUCAACAUUCUUGCCGGGGAGACCCACAACGCCAUACGAUUGAACAUCGCUGGUGGGCGCCGACCCAAGCAGUAUGUCACUAGAUCUAACCUUGACUAUGCGGGCGGUGCAAGCCGCCGGGAGUUUGAAGAUUUACGACGAACCCGAGGAGACAGUCGUUCGGAGCGUGGACUCCGCCGUUCUAGCCAGUCUACCUACGGAAGUACCCGCACGAUGCACCAAAGUCAAUACGGACAAACACGGCGGAUAAACAGCAUCGAAGAGGCGAAACGCUUGUCACCCCAGGCGGUCGACCCUGGUCAUAAAGCUACCAGUCCCGAAAUGACCCACGAAAUCAGCAGCAGCCAAGCUACGGGUGAUAGAAUAGUGGACAAGCGUCUACCAGGCUCAGACAGAGAUCCAGGUUACGCAUCUAUGUUGCAUACUACAACGUCGACAGUAUCCUCGGAACCAGCAUCUCCCGUCAAUUUUGAAAUGUUGCCUUCUGAACAACCCAGCAAGAUUGAGCAUAUAGAUGACCACGAAAUUCAGUCCCCCGUGUCUGACAUUGAUAAAAUCGGCUCGCAAAAGUCCGAUGAAACCGCUUAUGAAGAAAAGACAGGCAAAGCUCUUUUACGGGUUUUCCUGGCCGAAGACCCUCUUUUCAGAACACUGUGUGAGAAGGCUAUACUGCAGAUGGGCCAAAAUCGAUUUGCAAAGAAUAUGAGGCGCUUACUAAAAUCCUACUACAAAAACCUCUCUGUAGAAGCGGAGAGCGAGGCUGAGAGAGCCGCCGCAAAGCUGCUACGGAGUAGGCAAGGAAGACAACGGAUCAGCCAGCAACUUGCUGUUUAUAUCCUUCAACAAAACGACGAAAACUGGAUUGUCCACAGACCGGAUCUUCAAGUUGCUCCAGAAGAUAAGAAUAGGGUCGAAGCAUGGCUAACAUGCAACUCCGAAAGGCCACUGUCUGUUCUCGAAUAUGAAGCUCCAACGCCUGGGAUUGAAUCUUCGACCUCAUGUUCUGAAAGCGACUCCGAUGUAGACGAAUUCCCAAAUGUCUCCGAUUUGAAACUUACCUUGAGAGGAGCUUGGUCAUUCCAGACUCUUCUCAGGGAUUUCAUGUUGCUUUUUUUGUCUCCUGAGUUAAAGACUGUGCUUCUGUCGAUCCCUAAGCGUCAUAUAUGGUUGUCAGAGGCACAGGACCUGUCGUUCGUGAAUUGGGUAAAAGUAUGGAUAGAAGACAGGACUGAAACAACAUGGAAUUGGUGGCCGCUCGAGUCAGCAAAGCAACCACUGAAGGAUGGCGAAUCUCGAAUGUUCUGGAUAUGUGUAAGUUCAAACGUCCUCGUAUGCGAAGAAAAAUACUGA